CGGCCGGCAGCGCGCGGAGGGGCCGGGCGAGGCGCUGCCGGGAAGCCGCUCCCGCUCCGGCUCCGCCGCGGCCAUGACCGACAACAUCCCGCUGCAGCCCGUGCGGCAGAAGAAGCGCAUGGACAGCAAGCACCGCAGCGGGUGUUGUGAGUGCCUGAGAUGUUGCGGAAGAAGAGACCCAAGGCCUCGUACAGUUUGGCUCGGCCAUCCAGAAAAAAGAGACCAGCGGUACCCUCGCAAUGUGAUCAACAAUCAAAAAUACAACUUCUUCACAUUUCUCCCUGGGGUGCUGUUUAACCAGUUCAAGUAUUUCUUCAAUCUUUACUUUUUGCUUCUGGACUGCUCUCAAUUUGUUCCUGAAAUGAGGCUUGCUGCACUUUACACGUAUUGGGUUCCCCUGGGGUUUGUUCUUGCGGUUACCAUCAUCCGAGAAGCAGUGGAGGAGAUCAGAUGUUACAUGCGCGACAAGGAAGUAAACUCCCAGAUCUACAGCAAGCUCACAGCAAGAGGAACCGUGAAGGUGAAGAGUUCUAAUAUCCAAGUAGGGGACCUUGUCAUUGUUGAAAAGAAUCAGCGAGUCCCUGCUGACAUGAUCUUCCUGAGGACGUCAGAAAAGAAUGGAUCCUGCUUCCUUCGCACUGAUCAGCUGGACGGUGAGACAGACUGGAAAUUACGUUUGCCAGUUACCUGCACACAGAGAUUACCAACAGCUUCUGACCUUCUUCAAAUUCGAUCCUACAUUUAUGCAGAAGAACCUAAUAUUGACAUACACAAUUUUGUGGGGACCUUUACCAGAGAGGACAGCGAUCCUCCAGUGAAUGAAAGCUUAAGCAUAGAAAACACCCUCUGGGCCAGCACAGUGAUUGCUUCAGGUACUGUUGUGGGAGUUGUUCUUUACACAGGGAGGGAGCUGCGCAGUGUUAUGAAUACUUCAAAUCCACGAAGUAAGAUUGGGCUAUUUGACUUGGAAGUGAACUGCCUGACCAAGAUCCUGUUUGGAGCUUUAGUGGUGGUCUCGCUUGUAAUGGUGGCUCUCCAGCAUUUUGCAGGCCGGUGGUAUCUUCAGAUCAUCCGAUUCCUCCUCUUGUUUUCAAACAUCAUUCCUAUUAGUUUACGUGUAAACCUGGACAUGGGGAAAAUAGUCUAUAGCUGGGUGAUCCGUAGAGAUUCCAAAAUUCCUGGGACAGUGGUUCGAUCCAGCACUAUUCCAGAGCAACUCGGAAGGAUCUCCUAUUUGCUUACAGACAAAACAGGAACUCUCACGCAGAAUGAGAUGGUUUUCAAACGACUUCACCUUGGAACAGUAGCUUAUGGUCUGGACUCUAUGGAUGAAGUACAGAGCCAUAUAUUUAGCAUAUACACACAGCAGCCACAAGACCCCCCUGCUUUGAAAGGGCCCGCUCUAGCCACCAAAGUACGGAAAACCAUGAGCAGCCGGGUUCAUGAGGCCGUGAAAGCCAUUGCCCUCUGCCACAACGUGACACCAGUGUACGAGUCUAAUGGCGUGACGGAUCAGGCUGAAGCUGAGAGACACUAUGAAGACUCAUGCAGGGUGUACCAGGCUUCCAGUCCAGAUGAGGUGGCCCUCGUACAGUGGACGGAAAGUGUAGGCUUAACUUUGGUUGGCAGAGAUCAGUCCUCCAUGCAACUGAGGACACCUGGCGGGCAGAUACUAAACUUCACCAUCCUCCAAAUCUUUCCAUUCACUUAUGAGAGUAAACGUAUGGGAAUCAUUGUUCGGGAUGAGUCAACAGGUGAAAUCACUUUCUACAUGAAGGGAGCGGAUGUAGUUAUGGCAGGCAUUGUGCAAUACAACGACUGGCUGGAGGAAGAGUGUGGUAACAUGGCAAGGGAAGGCCUGAGGGUUCUUGUUGUAGCCAAGAAGUCCCUGACUGAGGAGCAGUACCAAGAUUUUGAAGCACGCUAUGUCCAGGCAAAACUAAGUGUGCAUGAUCGCUCAUUGAAGGUGGCCACAGUGAUUGAGAGCCUGGAAAUGGAGAUGGAGCUUCUGUGUCUGACCGGAGUGGAGGAUCAGCUUCAGACAGAUGUCAGACCCACCCUGGAAACCCUAAGAAAUGCUGGCAUUAAGGUAUGGAUGCUGACAGGGGAUAAGCUAGAAACAGCUACAUGUACAGCAAAGAAUGCACAUUUGGUAACCAGGACCCAGGAUAUUCACAUAUUCCGACUGGUGACCAACCGUGGAGAAGCCCACUUAGAGCUGAACGCGUUCCGUCGGAAGCACGACUGCGCACUUGUGAUUUCUGGUGACUCGUUAGAGGUGUGUCUGAAAUACUAUGAGUAUGAGUUUAUGGAGUUGGCUUGUCAGUGUCCAGCAGUGGUCUGCUGCCGAUGCGCCCCAACGCAGAAGGCCCAGAUUGUGCGCUUGCUCCAAGAAAGAACUGGCAAACUGACCUGUGCAGUAGGUGAUGGAGGAAAUGAUGUCAGUAUGAUUCAGGAGGCUGACUGUGGUGUUGGGGUUGAAGGAAAGGAAGGAAAACAAGCAUCCCUGGCAGCAGAUUUCUCUAUCACUCAGUUUAAACACUUGGGCCGGUUACUCAUGGUGCAUGGAAGAAACAGUUACAAAAGAUCUGCAGCUCUCAGUCAAUUUGUGAUCCACAGGAGCUUGUGUAUCAGUACAAUGCAGGCUGUUUUCUCUUCAGUGUUUUACUUCGCUUCAGUCCCUCUCUACCAGGGCUUUCUCAUUAUCGGGUACUCCACAAUCUAUACGAUGUUUCCAGUGUUCUCGCUAGUUCUGGACAAGGAUGUUAAAUCUGAAGUUGCCAUGUUGUACCCCGAACUCUAUAAAGAUCUUCUUAAGGGACGACCUUUAUCCUAUAAAACAUUUUUAAUAUGGGUCUUGAUAAGUAUCUAUCAAGGUAGUAUCAUUAUGUAUGGAGCACUUCUGCUGUUUGAAUCUGAAUUUGUUCACAUCGUUGCUAUUUCCUUUACAUCUUUGAUCCUCACCGAGUUGCUGAUGGUAGCACUAACAAUCCAGACAUGGCAUUGGCUUAUGAUAGUGGCAGAGUUGCUCAGCCUCUCCUGCUAUAUAGCCUCGCUGGUCUUCUUACAUGAGUUUAUUGAUGUUUACUUCAUUGCUACCUUGUCGUUCUUGUGGAAGGUCACAGCCAUCACGCUGGUGAGCUGCCUUCCCCUCUACGUCCUGAAGUACCUGAGACGGAGAUUCUCGCCCCCAAGCUACUCAAAGCUCACUUCAUAGGGCUCAUCUGCUUAGGAAGCAGGCAUUUUGCACACUCCUGAGAGACAAAAAAAAAAUCACGUAUUUGUUCUAACAACAACUACAACUGAUAAUUGCAUUAGGAUCAUGCAGUAACUGGCAUUAUGUGCUGCUUUGAUGAAAAAGACUUAACUGCAGUAAGUAAAACCUAACAGAAAAUGGAGUAUUUGGGUGAAGGUGAAGGCACUUGAUAGUUUCUUCAGUUUUUGUAACUUUUUGUUUCGUUUAGUUGGGGUCAGAUGCAUGUAACUGCAAUGAUUAGUUGUUCAUGCGUAAGAUCAAAGUAUCUGAAAGCUGCUAAAUAACUGUUUAUAUGUGGUGAACUCCUUUUUUAGUUUAAUUGGUUUUUUUAAGUGUCUGUGAGGUUUCUUGCAUUGUACUAUGUUUUAUAUUGUUAUUUAUCUGCUCAGUUCAGGUAAGAAAUUCAUGGGAAUUCCCUUCAUAUAGAUGAUUAUGCUGUUUUCUGGCAGCUGACUACAGGUUGGAGUCAGACUGUUCUGGGUGUAGGGCUCCAAAGUUAAGGAUAUUUAUCCAUAAGUGAAAAAUUGAACCUAGCCAAGCAUGUGUGGGUUUUUUUGUUUCUUUUUUUUAAUUCAGUAAAAAUGAAAGAGCUGAAUGCAGUGAAUGCAGUGUGUUUUGACAGUGUCUAACCAGUCAUAUGCACAGAGAAGGAUUAUUGAAAAAAAAGGAAAUUCCAUUUUGUUUAGCCUUUGUGCUUCCUGGUAAAAGGAACUGGUGACAUACAAAUAGCUAUACUGGAUACUUAUACUAUAAAGGCAAAUUACUAAAAUUAAAGCAAAGCCUUUUGGAAGGAAAUUUGCAGCUGAUCAGCUUUUAAAUGUGUCGACAGUAUGAUAAGAGACACAUAAUAUUCUGCAGGCAAUGUGGCAGACAUGUCUUGAAUCCUUGGAGACCAAAAGGAAAGGUCACAGAGCUGCUACUCCUCACAGUUGCAUAAAAAUCUGUUUCCUGUUAGGAUGAAUUAAUAAAGAUGAGCUGCAAAUAAGCCUAGGCGUGUGUGCAUUUGCACGUGCGUGCACGCACACACACACACACACACACACACACACGCACAGUUCAUGAUGCAUACAGAGAAAGGCAAUUGCAAGUUCCACUGCUAUUGGAAUGGUUUAAAACUGGACCUUAUCUAAGAGGAGACAAGUCUUGAGAGCUUGCAGAAGUUGAGCAAUGCAACCUAUAUUUGCUCUACACAUCAGUCUAGCAUGAUUUUUUUUUUAACUUGGGGUGGUUUUUGACCCAUGUUUUAUUUACAAAAAGCCUUCAUUGCAGCUGGAGACAAGAGCGUGUGCUUGGAAGUCUCAGGAAGAUGGCAGGGAGCUAAUGGAGCCUUCAGCUGCUGGGUCCUUGGGUCAUUCAUGGCUCAGCUUUAGUAACAGUCAUUCUCAUCUAAUACUGUUUAGUCUGUAAUAAGUGAGUUGUUUGAUCUCUGUCUGUCCCGUUCCUAGUGGAACAGUGUCUCCACUUUAUAAAAACCACCACAGUAAGCUGGCACUAAAUGGCACCCUUGUUGGUAAGCUAAGCAGACAGGCCAGGAAUGAGUGAUCCAAGUAGUCUGAACAUCCUACCUCCCCCACCCCCCUUGUCUCUAGAGGCAGUCUCCCUAGGUCUGGGUGACUGUUCACUUUAGGAGCAGCAGGCACGCGCUCUCUGCUGUACCUUUUUGAAGGAUUGCCAAGCUCUGUUUCCACUGCUGUAAAUUUGGCGCUUUGACAGGCACUAAAAUGAUAAAUAAAAUUCUCUGGUGUACAAACCUGAAUGCAAAAUUGGAGCAGUGUUUAAAAUGAGAGCUACAGUCUGCAGUGACCCACACCUCCGUCUUUGAUUUUCAGCUAUAGAAAGCUGUAGUAUUACUGUAUGUAACUGGCUCACUUGGCUAUGAAGUCCACAGUUUGUCUGCAGAAAGUGCUGCACAACCUGGCAAACCUCCCCAGAGGUAGGGUGAGUAAAUGCAGGUCCAGCGAAGGACCACAUGAAGCAAGUCUGGAAACCCCAAGGAGAGGGGAUAGCAUGUAUACCACUCACUUCACAGCAUAAAUGACUGAAAAGUGUGCACGGGCAGACAAGGUUCUUUGGGUGAAAAGUGUGCACACACUUUGCAAAAACUCAUAAAGCCCUGCCUGUGGAAAAUCACUCUGGAGGGAGCCAGCUUUCCUGGGGAGAUGUGUGUAAGUCGAAGCAGUGUCUGGGACAUUCCCAAGGGGGUGUGAGUCAGGAGCUGCCACCUUUCCGUUCUGCGGAGCCAAAGGCUCUGUAAACCCUUGCUGAAUCUGGCGUGCUUUCAGGAUCCCCCAACUUUCUAAUAGCCUGCUUCUCUUAGGAGCCAUGCUAGUACCUUGCUAAUCUGUCAAGCCCUGCCAGCUUCUCUGAGGCUCAAAGUAUAUGGAGCAAAAGCUGGUUCUUCGGUGAGAAACAUACUGGGCUUGUAAGACAGCAGUUCAGCAUUACCCUCUGCAGAUCAGUAGUGCUGCCACCCCACUGAGCUAAGCUGUAGGAACUACAACAGGCUUUAGAGAAAAAAGUGUGGAGCAUGCACUGUUGGCUCUGUUUCCCUUCCCAUGUGUUUUACGGCCCUUCUGCACCUUCGUCCCUACUCCAUUGCUCCCCUUCAUGCUGUGGAAGGAAAUACAAGGUCGUAGGUGUUCAGUAGGUUCUAUGUAUGGCCAUUUUGCUAGGGUAUAAAUGAAGGAUUUAGGUGGCAGUCCAAGAUGGGAAAUGCAGUCUCCAGCACUGCUGGUUACAAUAGCCUACUUUCUGCAUGCUUGGUUUGGAGUGUUAUGUUUCAAGGUCCACAAGGAAUAAGAAUGGCAAAUGCUUUUUAAUGGAAAACAGUGGCUUUUUUGUGCUACAUUGUUUUGAUUUGUCUUUUCUCUGGUACUGCAUAAAAGCAGAAUACUGAGAAGCCUAUCAGCUAGCUGCCAUAAUCAUUUCAUACUCUGUUUUAAAAAUUCACCUUAGAGCCUCCUUACAAACUUUUUCCAAAAACAAAAUUCUACUCUAAAUUUAGAUAUUUAUCAUGGGUUUUGGAGGGCAGUUUUAAUAUCAUAAACCUCAGAGAGGAAAUGCAAUGUCUAAAAAGUCCUCUUGUGGAAGAAUUGGGUUAUUGGCUUUUUGUAAAUUAUACCUGUUCACCCAAAAGAUUCUUAAUGUUGUCCUAAUUGUGACUUGUUGCGGUAACUGGAUAAUGUCAGUCUUGCAAAUGCUGUAGUAUUCCCAGACCACCAGUACUUAUUUAGUAGAUUUAAAUGUAAUAAUCAAGAAAUUAUUUUUAGCAGUUCAGUGUGGCUGACAAUUCAAGUCUCUUGUCCGUUGAAAACACAUGACAGUAUAUAUCUCUGUAAUAAUCUUAUCCCCAGUAGAUGUAUAUCGGUAGUUAAAUGUCCUGCAAGACUAACAGUGCCAUGCUACUGUAUGUGAAUUAUUUGAAGCAUAUAUAUGGUAGAAUUCACUGUCUCCUGGAGUCAAAGCAGUUUACACUAAAUGGACCAUAUUAGCAAAAUUGGAGCUUAUGCCAACAAAUACUGAUUUGUUAUUUUUAAUAACGUUUAUUGGCACUAUAACCUUAAAAACAAAAUUCACAUUUAGCAAUAUUGACAAAUAAUUAUGAGCAAAACCUAUUCUCACAGAAAGCUAAUAUUGUUUAAUAGCUAGUUUCUUGUGCAGACUUAUCAGGCUGGGAAGUAUUCCUCAUUCAGCAUAAGUUGUAUUUUUAAAGCAAUCGGGAAAAGUAAAACUGCCACUUUCAAACAGCAGAGGCUGGGAGGAGUGAUGAUUAUUAUUAUUUUUUUCAAGCUUAGCACUUUGUCUGUAAACAAUUUCCCUUAAGUUAUUUUAAACUGUUUUUUAAAAACAAAGUUUAAUACAGAUGUUAAUAUUUACUGCAUAUUUGAAUAAACUAAUUCUUUACUGGAAAUUUAAAGUGCAUCUUUUCCUCUAUUAUGCUUUGUAUUUUGAACGUGGUGGGAGUAAAAUACCCUUUUCAUAUAAUGUCUGGUUUUUACGUUUGUAAAGUACAAUAGCAAUUUAUGUAACUUUUGUGAUACAGGGCUAUUCUACAAAGAGUGUUACAGUAUGUGUUGCAUCACAAGCUCUUGCUUUGCAUGGUUACAUUGGAAAGGUCUCUGAUCAGUGCUCGGUUCCCUUUAUAGCCGGUAACCACAGGAGCCUAUGUUAUAUAAACAGUCUAUGCCUCUUAUUGGUGAGGUAAUUAAAGGUGUGCAGCUAUCCUCUAGUUUUUUUUCUCUUUUUUUAAUUGAUGUACAUUUUGUAUGCGUCUUCCACUCUGUUGCUUAUGCCCUUUUAGCCAUAUACACGAUGGAGCUGCCCUAUUUCUCUCGGCAAACAUCUGUGCUCCUUUUGUUUAGAAUAGGGCUGGAAUUAGCAUGCUGUGUGCUCAACAGUAACAGUGUAAACCUAUCUCUUCUUCAUCUUAUCUCAUCAAAAUUAUAUUGGUGAAUAAGCAGUGAUAUAAUCAAUGUCCUUCCAGUUCUUGAAACAGUAUGUUAAGUGCUACAGCUGUUGCAGAGCUAAACUGAGCAGUACCAAACACUGCUUUUCUAUGUUCUGCCAAACUGCUAUAAUCAUAGAAUCUCAUUGCAAGCUGUCUAAACCUCCUUGUGACUCCUGUGGGAGAUUCUUGCUGCAUUAGUAGUUUGGGCUGGGAUUUUCAAAGGAGCCUUAUAAAAUUGGGUGCAUGAAUCCCUGUGGUUCCUAUGAGAUCUGAGCCAUAAGACCUGAGAGAGGUUUUUCUUUUUCAAAAGGGCUGCCACACAGCUGGAUGCAGCAAAUGUCCUGAGUCCACACAGGGCUAAGACAAACUGGGUCAUUGCACACAAAUUACCAUCACGGUCUAUUUGCACAUAUAGUUAGUCUAAAUGCCAGCACACAGGAUAUCUAGUGGCCCAUCCAAUGCCUACUGAAUUUUUUCCAUUGACUUCAGUGUGUGUUGGACCAGACCUUUGAACAGUUGUGAUGAAAUCAGGCCUUGAAUUUGCAUGAAAUCCUGGGUUCUACAACUUUGCCAAUAUGGUCCAUUAUUAUUGCCUAAUAAAAUUUAUGUACUUUUAUGCCUUCAAAAACAUUUUUACUUGUACGGAGAAAUGAAUUCUGAUGUCAAAAUAUUUAUUGUGAUGCUGAUGUUUUGUACCUGUCAUCCAGCUAAAUACGAUGCAAAUACCUUUGAUUCAAGAGAAAUAUGAAUGCAAAAUGUAUUUAUUGUUCUGUGAGUUCUAUGUUGCAGAAAUGUAAGAACCUAAAAGGGAAUGAUGUAAAACAGGUGAAAAAAAUAAAUUUUAUGCAACAUCA